AGGACAGGAGCUGAAUCCUUAAACAGUCCAGUUCAUUCAUGAAACCGUGACGUCAGCAGCCUCCUUUGCAGCGGGGUUGAUGUGUGGGUGGAAUUUCCUCUGAAUUCUGCAUCUUCCUUCCAUCUCCUCCCCCGCCCCCUAACCCUCCUCCUUGUGUUUCUCUUUCUGUGUUAUUUUCUCACUACACUGCGCUGGAGGAAGAUCAUGCAUCAGACCUCUCUCAGCUGUUUCUCCUGGCAGUGCAGAAGCAGGACUGUGCUUUAGAACCCUGCUGAGCUUGCCCACUCCUCACCCUCUCCCUCUCUCGCUGUAGCCCAUGCACACCCACAGCACCAUGGGCAGCCCUCCAGAGGUGCUGAACUGGUCCUCCUCUUCUCCCAACCUCAUUGUGGACACACUGAAGGAUGAGCUACUGCUGAGUGCCAGGGAUACUACAAGCAAGAGCCCUUUACCCCCCUUCCUCUGCCCACCGGAGAUAAUAGAGAACCUUGUCCCCUCGCAGCAGCAGCAUCAGGACCCCCCAGAGGAAGCGCUGGCACUGGGGAGCAGCCCCCCCACUACGACCCUGAUCAGUGUGAGUGAGGACUGCGCGCAGGAGCAGCGACACUUUGACAACAGUGUGCUGCAGCUGCAGGAGAACGAGGACCCUGAACGCCCUGUUAGCCCCCCCCCGGGACACACCUGUGGCGGGAGUGAGGGCGAUGGUGGCCACGGUAACAGCCACACCAGCUGCAGCGGAGCACGAACUCAGGAUGAGUUCAAGAUGCACUUCCACCGGUCAGGCAGCGGCAGCAGCAGCUUCCUGGAGGGGCUCUUCGGCUGCCUGCGUCCGGUCUGGAACAUCAUUGGGAAAGCCUACUCCACAGACUACAAGCUGCAGCAGCAAGAUACGUGGGAGGUCCCUUUUGAGGAGAUCUCGGAGCUGCAGUGGCUGGGGAGCGGUGCCCAGGGGGCAGUCUUCCUGGGCAAGCUCCACAUGGAAGAGGUGGCCAUCAAAAAGGUGCGGGAGCAGAAGGAGACAGACAUCAAGCACCUCAGGAAGCUCAAACACCCCAACGUCAUUGCUUUCAAGGGCGUCUGCACGCAGGCUCCAUGCUACUGCAUUAUCAUGGAGUACUGUGCCCACGGGCAGCUAUAUGAGGUGCUGCGGUCAGGGAGAAAGAUUGCCCCCCGGUUACUGGUCGACUGGUCUACAGGAAUAGCCAGCGGCAUGAACUACCUGCAUCUCCACAAGAUCAUACACAGGGACCUCAAAUCACCAAAUGUAUUAGUCACACAUUACGACGGUGUUAAAAUAUCUGAUUUCGGGACCUCUAAGGAGCUGAGUGACAAGAGCACAAAGAUGUCCUUUGCAGGGACUGUGGCGUGGAUGGCACCAGAGGUGAUCCGCAACGAGCCAGUGUCUGAGAAGGUGGACAUUUGGUCAUUUGGAGUUGUACUCUGGGAGUUACUAACCGGUGAGAUCCCCUAUAAAGACGUGGAUUCCUCUGCUAUCAUUUGGGGAGUCGGCAGUAACAGCUUGCAUCUCCCAGUACCCUCCACCUGUCCUGACGGCUUCAAGAUUUUAAUGAAGCAAACCUGGCAGGGUAAGCCCAGGAACCGGCCCUCCUUCAGGCAGAUACUCCUCUACCUAGAAAUUGCCUCUGCUGAUGUGCUCGGCACCCCUCAGGAGACCUACUUCAAAUCCCAGUCAGAAUGGAGAGGCGAAGUAAAGAAACACUUUGAAAAGAUCAAAAGCGAAGGCACCUGUAUCCACCGGUUAGAUGAAGAGCUGAUUCGUCGCAGGCGAGAUGAACUCAGGCAUGCUCUGGAUAUCCGCGAGCACUACGAGAAGAAGCUGGAGAGGGCCAACAAUCUCUACAUGGAGCUGAGUGCCAUCAUGCUGCAGCUGGAGGUCCGGGAGAAGGAGCUUAUGAAGAGGGAGCAGGCUGUGGAGAAAAAGUAUCCUGGUACAUACAAGCGACACCUGGUGAGACCCAUCGUGAGGGCCAACGCCAUGGAGAAACUCAUCAGGAAGAAAGGCAGCAUAUCACACAAAGCAGGAAUGCAGGCCAAGAGGCCAGAUCUGCUGCGGUCAGAUGGGAUCCCUAGCGUGGAGGUGUUGCCUUCCCACUCGCUGCUCUCAGGGAGCCCCAAAGUAUCCACCCCACCGGGCAAAGCGAGGUACCGCAGCAAACCGCGCCACCGCCGGGGCAACAGCAAGGGCAGCCACAGCGAGUUCACCGGCAUCCUGAUGAGUGUGCCGGCCGCUCCAGAGGAGCAGCAGCACCUCGCCCACAACCACCACUUCCACCAUCCCCAACCCCCUCACAGCCACCUCCGCAGAGAGGACGCCGUGGCCAACUGCGCCAACAACCUGCGGUACUUCGGCCCGGCCGCUGCCCUGCGGAGCCCCCACACUGACCACCUCCAGCGAAGGUUGUCCGGCUCCAGCCCCGAUCUCCUCUCCACCACCAUGGAGGCAGACACCCGCCAGAGAGCAGCUUCUGAGAGCGCCAGCCAGAGCCCCCUGUGUCCCUGCUGUCAGACUCACCCCUACCCCGGCUGUCUGCGCUGCCAGAAGAUGGCUCCGACUACCACAGUGCCAGCCGAGAGACUGGCUGACGCCAACUGCUCUGCUCCCAGCCAGCCUGAGCUCCCUGCCUGCUACCUCCUCGAUUCCUAUGAAAUUCCCAAGCAGUCAGAGCGAUCCGCUGCAGCUUCUGAGGACAGAGAGCAGACCGACAGUUUCCAGCAGGGAGCCGCUCCCGGCGCCACCCCCCAGCACCUUACCCCGCAGGGACAACCUCGAAAGCUGCGACCCCUUCGAAAGAAUGGAGACUACUCGUCCGAAGAGGAGGAAGGAGAGGUGGACAGCGAAGUGGAGUUUCCACGUAGACAGAGGCCUCACCGCUGCAUGAGCAGCUUCCAGUCCUGUUCUACUUUCAGCUCUGAGAACCUGUCGGUGUCGGACGGGGAGGAGGGCAACACCAGCGAUCACUCGCACAGCGGGCCCCUGGACGGGUUCGGGAACAGCCAGGAGGAGCAGCUGGAUGAGCGGCUGGACGAGCUGCUCUCACAGACCCCCGAGAUCCCCAUUGACAUCUCUACGCAGUCUGACGGGCUGUCCGACAAGGAGUGCGCCGUGCGCAGGGUCAAGACUCAGAUCUCCCUCGGCAAGCUCUGUGCCGACGAACACAGCUAUGAGAACCCACUGCACUUCACAGAGUCUGACUGUGACACCUCGGAAGCAGAGUGCUCCGACGCCACCAUCCGCAAUAACAAGCCUUGCAGCACCUCCACCUGGUGAGCAGGGGAGUCAGGCUGACGAGGCUUUAGCUGAACAAAGACUGCUCAGCGCCAAGGAACAAGAAAUAGGACUUUUGUAACAAAACUGCAAUAACAGAAGAAAAAACUAAACUGAUCCAACCUUCCUCUACCUGCCCCCUUUCCCCUUCCAAAAACUGGUUCCAAACCUAAACAUUGCUAUCAUUACAUAUGGCAGGGAUUACAUAUUGUUGAAUAAUGUAGCUAGUGUAACAUUGAUAAAUUAUUUUUGUUUGACAUUUAAAAAAAAAAAAAAACACAAACAAAACAAAACUCUGUACUGUAUAGCGUGGAAUAUAUUCAGACAAUUUAUUGAGAAAAACUGAAAGAAAAGCUGAAUGUGAGUCUUACAGGUUAUUAUGCGAGGACCAGGCUGUCUGCUUAUGCCAGGGACCAGGUGAAUAAUUGACAGGUUUAAUCUAGGGAACUGGAUUUUAACAGUGGAAUACAGAACUGUUGCUGCUGCUACUGCUUCAUUUUCUCUGCAGAAACAAAAAAAAACGCUGAUGAAUUUUACACCUGAACUUAACUACAAACCUGAAUUUAACUGCAGACCUCUCCAGUAUCAUGUGUGUGCAAGUGCAUUUUUGUAUAAUGCAUAAUCCUCAAGUACUCUACCACCUGGAGAAUUGCCUUUUUUUUUUUUUUCUUUUUACUUUCUUUUUUUUUAUAGAAACAACUCGUCCCUUCCAAGUGCAUACAAGAAGAAAAGCAAAGCUUGAACACCAGCAUGAAAAAGCAGUUUUUUCACCAAGCAUGUCCGCCCAGCUUGUGUUGCGAGACCACAGAGAUUAGCAUGAACUGUGUCUCAAUAGGAUGUGCAAACAAGCCGACACACAAGCAGCAAAAACCAGCAAAACUAAUCAACCCCAAAACAAGUAGCUGCGUAGAUUUGGAAUGCAGUUUAUUCUAACAGCUCUGUUGUUUUUACUUUUUUUAUUAUUAUUUAUUAUUUAAGUUCAUGAACAAGAACCAAACCAGUAUUUAAUUAUUUUACAGAAGGAAAUUCCAGUAUCUUGAGAGCAGCUCUUUAAAGACUGGACCAUCAUAGUCUCUGGGUUAAUCGGUGUGGAGACAGCGAGUCCGGCAGCAUAUGGGUUUCAUUUUGUGUUGUUUUUAUAAAGUGAGUUCAGUACAAGUCCUGGAUAGUUGGUUACAAGAUGCAGCAUCCCUUUGUAUGUACUCAUUCCUCAGCCAAAAUGCCUCUCUUCUUCCACUUUCCUUGAUGGUGUAUUUUUUUGUUGUUCAUAUUAUUAUUAUUAUUAUUAUUAGUAGUAGUAGUAGUAUUAGUAGUAUUUAUAUAUCAAAGGUUUUAUUUUGGCCUGAUGUUUCACUUAAAGGACUAAAGCAAUUGAAAUGCAGGAUUCCCCAUGCACAGGCUCCCCAUAAAAUAUGCAUCUUUCUUGACGGACAAAAAAAAUGCAAUUUAUUAAGUUGAGUUACAAGCUUUUAAUCAUUUACAAAUGUAUAUUGUAAGGGGAACAAUAUCACGCACCACCAGUGUAGACAUCUAGUAAACUUGGAAAAUACUAACUGGACAAUCCUAGUACGGUAGCCUUUGAAUCAGACUAGCUAUUAUUGCUGAUGUAUAUUUUAGGCAGCAGAGACAAUAUGUAUCCACUAGGUUGAGACAGAUACUAGACAGAUGCAAUGUUUUUAACACAUGCUAUAGAGCACUCUUACUUGGUUGUUUUAUAAACAAGUGUGUUUUUAAUGCACAGUAUUUUUUACGUACCAGAAAAGGGAUACUGCAUCUUUCUCAUCUGUACGACUGGCUGUAAUUCAUCUCAGGCUUUUGAAAUAGUGAGACAACUUUCUCUCCCCCCCACCCCCUAUUCAUUAAUAAAUUAAAUCUGAUCACAAACCUUCCACUCUACAGAACAGUUGGAAUUCUGACCAGCUGUUCUGGACUGAAUAGGGCUGUAAGCUGGAGACACUCCCUGGGCCGUCAACAACAGGACCUUCACUCGCCAGUCAUUACUGUUGAGAUGAAACCUUCUAAAAAUCCAAAACAGAAAAUGGCUCUUGCAUGUGGCUAAACCCUUGCAAAAGUUUGGGGAAAAAACAAUUCUGAUACCAUUAUAAAACCCAUAAACCCGAGCAGAACCAUUAGCAAAACGCUGCAUAACCAGCCAUGGCAACACGUCCAGAUACGGGAACAUGACGGUGGAGUACCAGCGCUGGUUCAUACCAUUGGCAUGACCAAAAUAUGCAACUGCUGCUGCUGUGGUACUAUUGGCUUAUAGUAGAAUGUAGCUGCCCUUGUACUUAUUAAUUAUUUUUGGGGGUGCUGGACCUUUGAAAAUACAGAGUCUGAUUUAAUCUGUUUAUAACAGGACCUGGACCUUAUUGUAGUCAGCACGUAACAGUGUCGACAUACAAAUGCAGCUCUUAUUAUCUGAUAUGUGCAGUUAAAUUCAUAGUAAUGACGAUGAGGAUGAUACACUCCAAGUGAACAGCAGGGGGUGCUACAACACCAGUAACACACAUGUAUCAGCACACCACAAAUUGCCCUUCAGAAAAACGUGGUUAGAGAAAAUCAGUUCCAUUACAGUGGACUGUUCAGCACUUCAGAGUACAGUACUGUGCAGGUGACAUUUGUAUGAUACAUGUUUAAAGAGAUGGAACAUGUAUUCGUAUAUGAAGAGGUGGGGUCCCAGAAAUCCUUCUGCAAGCUUGUACCAGCUUCCCAGUGAUGUUUUAAUUCAGCUCAGUUGUUUCCACCAAAACUGUUUUACAGCCUAAAGUGAAUUGCAGCCUUUCUCCUUUGGUUUACAAUGUCUUAGAGGUAUGUAGAUUUCAAAUCAUAGACACUGUAAAUUAGCACGUUUUAGAACGAAGGAAGAUGUCUUACUGACACGAAAGUCGUGUUGGUCCGUGUAAAUUAUUCAAUUUUAAAGUUUUAAAUUAAUUUAAUUACUCUUUAAUUUAAUUGUUUGUGUUUUGUAGCUGGCCUACAUCAAGAUCAUUUAAGUUAUGGUUCAAAUCUCAGUUGUAUCUGUAGAUCAGAAGUUUUGUUAAUUUCUGGCCGUUGUUUUUUUUAAACUGAAUUGCGUUCGUCGCAUCCUGACGACAUUUCCUGAUAAGUAUUAUCAUAGCGCUGUAUCAGUGAAUGAUGGAAGCUGUCCUGAGUGGGUAUGGAAAGGGCUGUCGGCAUUGGUUUUUAUUAGGGACUCUGGGAAUGUAUCAAUCGCAAGACAUUCCUGUGGGCAGUGUUUGAAACCCAUGUCUUUCUCAUCUGGAAGCUGGGGGUGCAGUUGUGAGUUAGCCACCAGUUAAAUGGAUUUGGCAGGCAGAUCUGUAAUCCUUGUCAUUCACAGAAUCUGCAUAGACUGAAGGUUGAACCUAUCUAGUUUAUCUUCCAAACAGGCUGUGAAUCUCUCUCCUUUUUAGGCUUCAUUAAACAUGCCGACAGCCUGAGAUAUGAUCAACCCUUUUCCUCUGUGAUCUCAAGCUUUCCCUUACCUCUUCCACUUUCUCUAGCCCUUUGUUUGAAUGGAUUCCUGAUAAAAACAAACUGGACCAUGCCAUGUAUUAAGCAGUGUACAGUGAUGGGAAAUCAAAGCAAAAACAACAGCAUGGAAUAAAAGCCAGUGUACUGUACCAGAAUUGAGUGUGUCUUACCUUUCAUUUUAGCUGUGAUUGGUUCACUGUGUUUGAAUGCACAGUAAAGGCCUUUUAGAACCAUUAUUUACUAGCUAGGGGUAAAAGAGCACAACAGACAUUUUUAUAUUAAUACUGCAUCGUAUAUUACAUUAACUGAUGCUGUUUUGUUCUCUACGCAGUUAAUUAGGCCA